UAGUUCUCACGCCGCCUAGCAACAAUGCCAAGUAGCUAAAUUACCAUCGGGAAUCCCAUUAUUCUCCGCCAUUAUUUCCCCAGACCAUCGAGGGCAUUGACAAAACGUGAAUAAGGCGAAAAUGGCGCUUAAACCCCGACCGAUGUAAAUUUAUUCAGAGAUUUCCCUCGGAAUCACCGCGUGAUGGACACAGGAAUCUUCGAGGAUCAGAAUUGCCAUUCCACGAAAUACCUUCUUCAGCGCGGAACCGAUGAUAUCACAGCGAAAAUGACAGUUUCAUGUCGGAAUGCAUUGUUUGCAAGCAGCCGAGUGUCUCUUCGCGGUCCAAAUAAUAACACAAUAGGGAAAAUUUUGAGAUGGGUGGUGAGUGAGGUAAUGAGGAGGACGAUUUGUAAAAGACACGUGCAGCUUGCACAUUCAGGACACAUAAAUAAAUUUCUUGAAGGAUCGGCGCCAGUUAGAAUGAAGCUGAAGAACGUGUGUUUGGUGUUGGCGGUGAUUUCGUUGAUUUUGCUCCUCGGAGGGAUCGACUGUAUCGCGAAUUAUCACCAAGCGGAGAAUUUGAUCGGAGACGAAGAUCGAAGAGCAGCCGACGGCUAUAACUCAGACCAGAGCAGGGCCGAGGCCAACAAACGGGGACUUUAUGAGACCUCAGGGAGUCACAACGGGCACCAGACGUAUCCAUCAGGGUACGGUGAAGCGACGUUCAGCAACCCUGGAUUCGCCUACGGACCCUCGACUGUGGCUCAGUAUUACCCAGUGCCCGGUUAUCCCGCUGGACACGGUUCCUACGGGCUACUCGGACACACUGGUCAAGGAGGGGGUUAUGGAUAUGGGCACUCGGCUCCAGCGCAAGGGCACGGACAUGGACACGGUGCGCUGGCACUCAAAGGAUUAUUGAUACCGCUGGCAGGGAUAGCACUUCUGGGGGCUGCGGCUGCCUUAUCCACUAAUCCGGUCCUGCUUCAGCUUGGAGUGGUUAAUGGACGGAGAAGACGUCGAAGGGCUGCCGAGUCGGGGCCUUAUAUAAAUCCGCGCUAAAACUGGCGAAAGCUGGGGGUCCCGAGAUUGAUUCGAAAAAGAAAUAGUUUUUUUAAGCUGAGUUGGUAAGAUGACUUACAAUUUUUCAU